UUGAAGCAAACAUGGCUGCUACCGGUGGUAAAUCGGUGUUGUUCGUGUGUCUGGGGAACAUCUGUAGGUCACCCAUUGCUGAGGCUGUUUUUAGGAAGAUGGCCACAGACAGCGGUGUGGUGGACAAGUGGGUUAUAGAUUCGGGUGCCACGUCGGACUGGAAUAUAGGCAGCUCCCCGGAUGCCCGUGGUCUGGCCUGCCUCAGGAAACAUGGCAUUGAAACAGAUCACAGGGCACGACAGGUGACGAAGGAGGACUUUGCGACGUUCGAUUACAUCCUUUGUAUGGACGAGAGUAACCUGAGAGAUCUGAACAGGAAGGCAAAUGGAGUGAAGAACUGCAAAGCGAAGAUUGAGCUGCUCGGCUCGUACGAUCCAGAAAAACAGCUGAUCAUUCAAGACCCGUAUUAUGGAAGCGAGAGGGACUUCGAGACGGUGUAUGAGCAGUGCGUACGAUGCUGCAAAGUUUUCCUGGAGAGAAAUUCUUAACCGUCACUUGCUCGUACGAGCCCCGUCCGGCUGUUUUAACCCGUCACGUGCACAGACGUCUGCUGUGUAAUAACUAGGUCCUAAUUGUAAGAUAUAAUUGUUUAUUCUAAAAAUCGAUUAUUAUUUACCUCUCCAGAGCUGGAGGAGAUUAAAAAACAAGAAACCAAAACUAGGACAUAAAUAUAAAUAUAUCCAGCGCUUUCCUUUACGUUACACUGCUCUAAACUGUAAAUCAAUGUGCAGCUAGUAAUAAACAACCAGAUCUGAA